AGCUUAGUAUUCAAAAAUAUUUGAAACACUUCACAACAUGUACACACUUUUCGAUCUAAAAAAUAUUUUAAAAUGUUCGUGAUAUGAAACGCCUUACAAAACCAUCCUUGGUCACUUUUAUAUCGAGGCAAUUGAGGCACAGCAGAGCUGUCAAUUCAUUUCCAACCAAAUUCUACAUAAACUCCGGACAGACUGACCCAUUUAGGCAUCAAUUCGCACAUUGCCAGCAAUUAAGCAGCAAAUCCUGCGGCGACAUCACCAAAGAACACGAUUCGAGUAUUGACAAGGAUAAAGAGCAGCAGGCAAAGGAUAAGACGAAGAAAAUGGAGUUGCCAGAGGGUGUAAUGAUUGGCUUUGGCAAUCCUCUGCUAGAUCUGACAACCACAAUCGAAGACACCAUGCUAUUGGAGAAAUAUGGCUUGGAACCGAACGCCGCCAUCAUUGCUGAAGAGAAGCAUAUGGCACUCUUUGACGAGAUCGCCAAUCAGGAGAAUCUUCAGCUAUCGGCUGGAGGAUCCUGUCAGAAUUCAAUGCGAGUUUUCCAAUGGAUUGUGGGCGCACCGUAUCGUGCAGUAUUUUUUGGGGCCGUUGGCAUGGAUAAGUUCGGAGAGGUAAUUGCAAAGAGAGCCAGAGCCGACGGUGUGGAAACGCUUUACCAACUAAGAGAGGAUGCGCCCACAGGUACCUGUGCUGUAAUCAUCAGUGGGCAAAAUAGAUCCCUUGUGGCCAAUCUAGGUGCCGCUGCGUAUUUCUCGGAAGAUUGGAUGGACAGUGAGGAGAGUUGCUGUGCGGUGGACACUGCCAGCUACUUUUAUAUUACUGGAUUCUUUCUAGCCGUCAGUCCAAAUACGGUUCUUCGUGUGGCUCAAACUGCAAGCGAGACUAAACGCACUACUAUCUUGAAUCUGAGUGCUAUUUUUGUACUGCAAAUGCAUAAGCAAGAACUGGACGAGAUUCUACCCUAUCUUGAUUUUAUCAUUAGCAAUAAGGCAGAAGCCCUGGCCUUUGCCGAUACUCAUGAGUGGAAUACAAAAGAUAUCUUUGAAAUUGGCAAGCGAAUGCAAUCUCUGCCCAAGGAUAACGGACGACCCCGAGUUAUUAUGAUAACAGAUGAUAUCUGUCCGGUGCUCUGCUUUCAGGAAAACGAAAAGAUACUGGAAUAUCCCGUGCCCAAGUUAAGUAAGAAAGAUAUUGUGGAUACAAACGGCUGUGGUGAUGCCUUCGUUGGCGGUUUUCUAUCACAGUUGGUUCAAAAAAUGCCCCUCGAUUAUUGUAUAAGAACAGGUAUAUUUGCUUCGCACCAAGUUAUACGCGUUGUGGGCGUUCAAAUCGACAAAAUGCCAAAUUUCAAUGAUAGCUGCAUUUAAAAUUAUUAAAGUUGAAUCAAAAUUGUGACAAUAAAAGUUUGAAAAUUCUACGACCAAAAAGAUUACAUAAACGAGAA